UUUUUGGAGACAUGUAAUGUAUAUUAAAAUUAAAACAUCAAUGAAAUAUCAUAAAAAAUAAUAAAUAAUAAAUUAAUUUUUUAAGACAGUUUUUGCCAUUGAAGAAAUGAACUUUUUGUCAAUAUUUGAUAAUAAACUGAUUUUUUGAAGCAUGGAAAACAACACUAAACUCACUGAAACAUUAUGGGAUCCUGAAAGUAUAUUUUCUCCAUCAUCAGAUUCCAAAUAUGCUAUUGUUAUUUUAAACCAACCAAUUUUAUUAGCGAAAAAAAUUGUAUUUCCUUUAUGGAAAAAAGCACAAAUUAGAGUUGCUGUUGAUGGUGGUACGUAUCAAUGGCUGAAAUACUUAGGACCAUUGGCAGAUGAAGUUCUCUCCGGUAAUUACCUGGAAUAUGCUCCAGAUUUAGUGACAGGUGACUUUGAUAGUAUUUCACCCGAUUGCAUGGAUAAAUUGAAAAAUACAAACGUUAAAGUAAUUGAAACUCCUGACCAAAAUUACACUGAUUUUACCAAAUCGCUAAUUCAACUGUUUAAUGAAUGCAGACAUAAAAAUAUUAAGAUAAAUAAAGUCUAUGUUUUUGUUGAAUCAUCCGGACGGUUAGAUCAUAUUAUGGGUAAUCUAGAUACACUAUAUAAAAGUGAAAAAAUAAUCGAAGAUGAUAAAACGAUUAUUUUAAUAGCAAGUAAUUCUUUAACAUGGUUAUUAAAACCAGGUUACCAUAUAAUUAAAAUUCCUAGAGUUUUAAUUGAAGAUAAGUCAUGGGCCGGCCUUCUACCAGUCGGAGCUUCUGUUAAAACUAUUUCAUCGACUGGGUUAAAAUAUAAUUUAGAUAAUCACACUCUAGCUUUUGGAGAUCUUAUAAGUAGUUCUAAUACGUAUGAUGGAUCAACACAAGUCACUAUAACUACAGAUAGUAAAAUUAUUUGGUCUAUGGGUAUUGAAUCUUUAGUUGAGUUGGAGUAAUUUUACCUCAUUUUACUUAAAAUUAUUUUAAAAAUAAAUAAAUUAUUUUUAAUGUA